AUGGAGGCGGCGGGCACCUGGGCGCUGCUGCUGCUGCUGCUGCUGCUGCUCCUGGUGGUGACGCUGGUGCUGCCUGCGACCCGGGCCCGAGGCCACCUGCCCCCGGGGCCCACGCCGCUGCCGCUGCUGGGGAACCUCCUGCAGCUCCGGCCGGGGGCGCUCUACAUGGGGCUCCUGCGGCUGAGUAAGAAGUACGGACCGGUGUUCACCGUGUACCUGGGACCCUGGCGGCGCGUGGUGGUCCUGGUCGGGCACGAGGCUGUGCAGGAGGCCCUGGGAGGCCAGGCCGAGGAGUUCAGCGGGCGGGGGAUGGUGGCAACGCUGGAUGGGACCUUCAAUAGCCACGGCGUGUUCUUCUCCAAUGGGGAGCGAUGGAGGCAGCUGAGGAAGUUCACCACACUGGCCCUGCGGGACCUGGGCAUGGGGAAGCGAAAAGGCGAGGAGCUGAUCCAGGCGGAGGCCCGAUGUCUGGUGAAGGCGCUCCAGGGGACAAAAGGACGGCCGUUUGACCCCUCCCUGCUGCUGGCCCAGGCCAGCUGCAACAUCAUCUGCUCCCUCGUCUUCGACCUCCGCCUCCCCUACGACAAUGAGGAGUUCCAGGCUGUGGUCCGGGCGGCUGGCGGCAUCGCCAUGGGGGUCAGCUCCCCGUGGGGCCAGACCUACGAGAUGUUCUCCCGGUUCCUACAGCUCCUCCCAGGCCCCCACACGCAGCUCCUCGGCCACUUGAGCACCGUGGCCGCCUUUGCCACCCAGCAGGUGCGACAGCAUAAGGGGAGCCUGGGCACCUCAGGCCCCGAGCGCAAUCUCGUGGACGCCUUUCUGCUGAAGAUGGCAAAGGAGAAGCAAGAUCCAAACACAGAAUUCACCGACGAGAACCUGCUGAUGACGGUCGUGUAUCUGCUGUUUGCCGGGACAGUGACCGUCAGCACCACGAUCCGAUACACCCUGCUGCUCCUGCUGAAAUACCCUCAGGUCCAAGAGCGAGUGCAGAAGGAGCUGAUGCGAGAGCUGGGGGCCGGCCAGGGGCCAAGCCUGGGGGACCGAGCCCGCCUCCCCUACACUGAUGCAGUUCUGCAUGAGGCGCAGCGGCUGCUGGCACUGGUACCCAUGGGAAUACCCCGAGCCCUCACCAAGACCACCCGCUUCCGGGGGUACACCCUUCCGCAGGGCACAGAGGUCUUCCCCCUUCUCGGCUCCAUCCUGCAUGACCCAGCGGUCUUUGAAGAGCCCGAGGAGUUCAACCCAGGCCGAUUCCUGGACGCGGACGGGAAGUUCAAGAAGCACGAGGCUUUCCUGCCCUUCUCCUUAGGUAAGCGCGUCUGCCUCGGGGAGGGCCUGGCUCGGACCGAACUCUUCCUCCUGUUCACCGCCAUCCUGCAGGCCUUCUCGCUGGAGGGCCCGUGCCCGCCGGGCACCCUGAGCCUCCAGCCAGCCAUCAGUGGCCUUUUCAACAUCCCCCAAGCCUUCCAGCUGCAAUUCCGGCCCCGCUGA